UCACUCUCACUCCCAAUCCUCACAUUUAUUACCAGUAAACUGGCGAAGAAGCCAUGGGCGAUAAGAAAUCCAAGUACGACGAGGAGAAUGGAUGCAAGCUCAAGGGAGUGGUGGUUCUCAUCAAGAAGAACCUGCUCGGGGUGAACGACGUCGCUGCCUCCGUCAUCGACCGAGUUGACGAGAUUCGGGGCAGGAAGGUCGCGCUCCGCCUCAUUAGCACCGCCGUUGAUCCAGAUUCUGAUGAAAGUUGCAAAGGCAAACUUGGGAAGACAGCACAUCUGGAAGACUGGGUCACGAAAAUCACCCCUAUGACAGCAGCUGCGACGUACAAUGUGACCUUCGAAUGGAGCAAGGAGAUGGGCUAUCCAGGGGCAUUCACAAUCGCAAACUUUCACCAUAGUGAAUUCUACCUCAAGAACCUCACUCUUGAAGACGUUCCUGGUCAUGGUCGCGUCCAUUUCAUCUGCAAUUCUUGGGUUUACCAUGCUGAGCGCUACAGCAAAGACCGUAUAUUUUUUGCCAAUCAGACAUAUCUCCCCAGCCAAACGCCACCACCACUUCGUGGUUACAGAGAAGAAGAAUUGGAGAAUCUGAGAGGAACUGGAACAGGAAAGCUUGAAGAAUGGGAUAGGGUGUAUGACUAUGAUGUGUACAAUGAUUUAGGUGAACCUGAUAAAGGUCCCGAGCAUGAACGUCCCAUUCUAGGGGGUUCAACUGAAUACCCAUAUCCUCGCAGAGGAAGAACAGGCCGGCCUCUGCUUUUAUCUGAUCCCAGAAUCGAGAGCAGGAUACCAUUAUAUAACAGCUUGAGCAUCUAUGUCCCAAGGGAUGAAAGGUUUAGUCAUCUGAAGAUGUCAGAUUUUGUAGCAUAUGCACUAAAGUCAAUAUUUCAGUUCCUGGCGCCUGAGUUUAAGGAUCUGUUUGACAAAACUCCCGACGAAUUUGACUCAUUUGAGGAAGUGCUACAGCUCUAUGAUGGUGCUUCUGCAGUAACUAAUGUAACUUUGUUGGAGAAAAUUAGACAUCACAUACCUGUAGAAACGAUAAAGGAGCUACUCAGAUCAGAUGGAGAGAAAACAUACAAUUUUCCAUUGCCACAGGUCAUCAAAGAGGAUAAAGAUGCAUGGCGAUCUGAUGAAGAAUUCGGUAGAGAAAUGCUGGCUGGAAUCAAUCCUGUCGUUAUCCAACGCCUCCAGGAGUUCCCGCCAACAAGCAAACUAAAUCCAGAGCUAUAUGGAAGGCAAUCCAGCAAAAUAUCAGAAGAGCAUAUAAUACACAAUCUAGAAGGCUUGACUGUUGCUGAGGCAAUCCGGAACAAUAAGCUGUACAUAUUAGAUCACCAUGACAGCCUGAUGCCAUACCUGAGGAGGAUAAACACUACUGCUGCAAAGACUUAUGCAACAAGAACAGUUCUUUUCUUGAAAGAAGAUGGAACACUGAGGCCUGUAGCAAUUGAAUUAAGUUUGCCACAUCCAGAAGGAGAUCAUUAUGGUGCAGUAAGUCGCGUAUGCACCCCAGCAGAAGAUGGAGUUGAAGGUGCCAUCUGGCUGUUGGCGAAGGCUUAUGUAGCAGUAGAUGACUCUGGAUAUCAUCAGCUCAUAAGUCACUGGUUGAACACUCAUGCAUCAAUUGAGCCAUUUAUUAUCGCCACCAACAGACAGCUGAGCGUACUCCACCCAAUUCAUAAGCUUUUGCAGCCUCACUUCAGAGAUACAAUGAAUAUAAAUGCACUAGCUCGUCAAUCCCUGAUAUGUGCUGGAGGGUUUGUUGAGAUUACAGUUUUUCCAGGAAAAUAUUCCUUGGAGAUGUCAUCUAUGGUUUACAAGGACUGGGUUUUCCCAGAACAAUCACUUCCCGGAGACCUUAUAAAGAGAGGGGUGGCAAUCAAAGACUCUAGCUGCCUGCAUGGUGUGCGCUUACUGAUACAGGAUUAUCCUUAUGCUGUUGAUGGACUCGAGAUCUGGGGAACAAUCAAAACAUGGGUUCAGGACUACUGCAACAUUUACUACAAGACUGAUGAAAUGGUUCAGGAAGAUCCUGAGCUUCAGGCAUGGUGGACUGAAAUACGAGAAAAGGGACACGGAGACAAGAAAGACGAACCCUGGUGGCCAAAAAUGCAGUCCCGCGAAGAGCUUAUAGAGUCGUGCACCACUAUCAUAUGGGUGGCGUCUGCCCUUCAUGCAGCAUUAAAUUUUGGACAGUACCCUUAUGGAGGGUACCUGCCAAAUCGUCCGGCUACUAGCCGGAGAUUCAUUCCAGAUCUAGGCACUCCUGAGUAUGAAGAAAUGAAGUUGAAUCCUGAAAAGGCUUACUUGAAAACCAUCACUUCCCAGAUGCAAAGUGUGCUUGGCAUCUCCCUUGUAGAAAUUUUAUCUAGGCAUUCUUCUGAUGAGAUUUAUCUUGGACAGAGAGACUCUCCUGAAUGGACAGCAGACACAGAGGCCUGCAAAGCAUUCGAAAGGUUUGGGGAACGCUUAAAAGAGGUAGAGCAAAAGUUCAUCGAUUUGAACAAUGACAAGAGGUGGAGGAAUAGGUCGGGGCCAGUGAAGAUGCCAUACACUUUGCUGUACCCUAGCAGUGAGAUUGGACUGACAGGCAGGGGAAUUCCCAACAGCAUCUCUAUGUAACUGUUAGUAGCAUUUUAUUUCCCCAGUCUUGCUUGCUAGGAUUUGUCAAAUAAGGUUGCAAAUGUUAUCUGUAAAACUCCUGUUGAACUAUAUGGCUAGCUUUCAAAUUCUGUUUAAAAGGAAAGUGAAUAUGCAUUUGGAAACUAUGAUUUUGCAUGAA